GGGAUGUUGUGGUGGCUUACACUGACUCGGAAGCCCUAAUCCAUGACUCACGGAGCAGGCACCAGUGAGUCAAAGACCCUCCAAAUUAAAUCAUCCCAUCUAUUCACAUAGUCAAGAAAUCAGUAAAUAUCAUAGAAUAUAUAUAAAUUCACUAAACAUAGAAUAUAGCUUCUCUGCAAUGAAACAAGAAUAACCCCCAUCUUUACAGCACAAACUCUCUACAAACCAAACCUAUCGAUCUCCCCAUGAAGCACCUCGCCGCAUACCUCCUCCUCGCCCUCGGCGGGAACAGCGAACCCUCAGGGGAAGACAUCAAGGAGGUUCUCGCCUCGGUCGGUAUAUACGCUGACGAAAGCCGUCUAGGCCAGCUCUUGGACGAGUUACGCGGGCGCGAUAUCAACGAGUUGAUCGCCGAGGGCACGUCCAAGCUCGCUACAAUCGGGUCUAACGCCAGUGGAGGGGGCGAUAACGUCCCAGAUACUGAGAAAGGUGCAGAUGAUGGAUCUGGGUCGGCGAAUGGGGGAAGUGACGCGGAUGGAGAUGAGGAUGAGGAUGAGGAUGGCGACUUUGGAUUGGGAUUGUUUGAGUGAUGUGGUAGAUAGGAGAAAUGGUAGACAAUGGACAAAGCUAUCAUUGAUACUUCACUGGCAGAUAUACCAAGUUCCAGUUGGACUCUACCAAGACCCCAAGAACGAGUAACCAGCCUUCCCCGUGGCUGUCCGCUCACUUCAAUCCACAUAGACGCAAGGCAAGGGAAUUUAUUACUUGGAGGGGAGCUUCGGUCCGUUCCCGACAUUACUAUGUUCUAAAUACCUAGCAUAUACCUACGCGGUUUUAC